CGCGGUGGGCCGGGCUCUCGCGAGACUUCGGCCUCCCUUCUUCCUUCCCCGCCGGCCCAGUCCUUCCUGCCGUGGGGCCCCGGGGUCGCGCCGCCGCCCUUCGUCCUCCUUCCCCCGCGGGCCGUCACCUCCGUCGUCACGAUGUCAGAAGAUCUAGCAAAACAACUUGCCAGCUACAAGGCUCAACUCCAGCAAGUUGAGGCUGCGUUAUCUGGCAAUGGAGAAAAUGAAGACCUACUAAAAUUGAAAAAAGAUUUACAGGAAGUUAUAGAAUUAACCAAAGACCUUCUAUCAACACAACCUUCCGAGACCCUUACAAGUUCGGACAGUUCUGCUUCUGCCCAGCCCUCUCACUCCUGGAAAGUGGGGGAUAAAUGUAUGGCAGUCUGGAGUGAAGAUGGACAGUGUUAUGAAGCGGAAAUUGAAGAGAUUGAUGAAGAGAAUGGUACUGCUGCCAUCACGUUUGCUGGCUAUGGCAAUGCCGAAGUCACCCCACUGCUGAAUCUCAAACCUGUGGAGGAAGGAAGGAAGGCCAAAGAAGAUAGUGGCAACAAGCCCAUGUCAAAAAAAGAAAUGAUUGCCCAGCAACGAGAAUAUAAAAAAAAGAAAGCAUUGAAAAAAGCCCAGAGAAUCAAAGAACUUGAGCAGGAAAGAGAAGACCAAAAGGUGAAAUGGCAACAAUUCAACAAUCGAGCUUAUUCAAAAAACAAGAAAGGACAGGUCAAGAGGAGUAUUUUUGCUUCCCCCGAGAGUGUAACUGGCAAAGUUGGCGUAGGAACUUGUGGAAUUGCCGAUAAACCCAUGACACAGUAUCAAGAUACCUCUAAAUACAAUGUCAGGCAUCUAAUGCCUCAGUAAUGAGAUAAACUGCUGGAUUUCAUCUCUGCAGGGCUUUACAUUUACCUUUUUAACCUUAUAUUUUUCUAAAGGUAAAUUAUUUGUUAGACGUGUAAGGAAGCGACCAUUGUCACAUUUUCUGACUUCAAACAAUAGAAAGAGCCUUGAAGAAGUUGCAUUUGAUUAAGUAUACUGUCCAGUUUUUGUUCUUCAUUACCUCCAGCACCAUUCCCCCAAGGGUUAUCUUCCCUAACCAACUGUCAUAGACUCAAGCAGCCUACGUAGAACAUUGGGAUGAAAUAUCGACUUUCCAAAUCUCAGACAUACCAAGUGGAGAUAUGUACUCUUUCCAAGUCAAACGUGACCCUCUCUGACAUUUUGAAUUUGGCUGAUCCUCUCAACAUUGUGUUGGAGCAUUAUGCAAAAUCUCCAUCCUGCUAAACAGGUGUUUGCUUUUUCCAAGUCUUUAGAACUGCCAUUUCAAUCCUAAAUGUUGAAGUCUGUUUUGGCCAAGGCCCCUAGAAAAUGGCAGCCAUUGAUUUAAGGUAUCUGCCCCUUCAAUAAUUAGUGUUCAAGUUUCUAAAGCUUUUGGGGGAUUAAUUCAAUCCUAUUAGACUUUCUGAUGAGACUUUGUUAUUUGUGAAAACAAAACCAUGUCUAAAACUACCGGCUUUUUAUAAGUUUUAUAUUUGUUUGCUUUCUUCCCCGCUGACAGUAGUGGUUCCAUCUUUGGAGGUGUAAUGUUUGUAUGAAGAAAAAAAGCUAAUGUAUAGCCCUGUAUACAGUGUAGAUAUUAUUUUUGUAAAAAACAAGGCUGAAUUAAUGAACAAGAGUACUCUGGGUGGCCGAACCAUUGAACUCUAUGUAUGUCUUGUGCAUUAAUCUGACCACAUUUUCCCUGUAUAUUAUGUUCAUGUAGCUGAGUUUGUAAUUUUUUGUUAACUAGAUCAGGUUGUCAGCAUUUGUUGAUGCAAAUGACCAUCACAAUUACCUGAGUUACAUUCAGUUUGAGCUAAAUCUGAAACUGAUAGUUUAGAAUUACCUGCAUAGAAAAAGUUCUUCCUAUUAAUGGAAGAAGGUGAUUUUUAUGACAAGUGUGUUAAUUUCAGUUUUGUAUGUUUAACUUUUAUUAAAUAAAGUGUUCUAAAAUCUCAAA